AAGAUUCGAGAUGUUUCUCGAGCAGGCCCGUUUCUCGAACACUCGGUGGAAGCGCUCUAUAUAAAGCCGCGCGCGCUGCUCCUCCUCAGUGCACACUCGUCCUUUCCGACAGGCUUCGAAAGCAGUUGCGAUAAAAGUCCUCAGCGUUCCACAUUAAAAGAUCCUUAACGGUCAAGAUGCCUGAAGCACACGACCAGCCAAUGGAGGAGGACACAGAGACCUUUGCAUUCCAGGCAGAAAUUGCCCAGCUGAUGUCACUGAUCAUCAACACAUUCUACUCAAACAAAGAAAUCUUUCUCAGGGAGCUGAUCUCCAACUCCUCCGAUGCAUUGGACAAAAUCCGAUAUGAGAGUCUGACAGACCCAAGUAAGCUUGAUUCUGGAAAAGACCUGAAGAUCGAAAUCAUUCCCAACAAAGAGGAUCGCACACUGACCAUCAUUGACACUGGCAUUGGGAUGACUAAAGCUGACCUUAUCAACAACUUGGGGACCAUUGCCAAAUCUGGAACCAAGGCAUUCAUGGAGGCUCUGCAGGCUGGAGCUGACAUCUCUAUGAUUGGUCAGUUUGGCGUGGGUUUUUACUCUGCCUACCUGGUAGCUGAGAAAGUCACGGUUAUCACCAAACACAACGAUGAUGAACAGUAUGCAUGGGAAUCAUCUGCUGGCGGCUCGUUCACUGUGAAGGUGGACAGCUCUGAACCAAUUAAGCGUGGCACCAAGGUAGUUUUGCAUUUGAAGGAGGAUCAGACAGAAUACAUUGAGGAGAGGCGUAUUAAGGAGAUCGUAAAGAAGCACUCUCAGUUUAUUGGCUACCCCAUCACGUUAUAUGUGGAGAAAGAACGGGACAAGGAGGUGAGUGAUGAUGAGGCUGAAGAAGAGAAAGAAAAGGAUAAAAAUGAAGAGGAAGGAGAGAAAGAUGAGGAUAAGCCAGAGAUUGAAGAUGUUGGUUCAGAUGAUGAGGACCAUGACAAAAGUACUGAUAAGAAGAAGAAGAAAAUCAAGGAGAAGUAUAUUGAUCAGGAAGAGCUCAAUAAGACAAAGCCUUUGUGGACCCGCAACCCUGAUGACAUCACUAAUGAAGAGUAUGGAGAAUUUUACAAGAGCCUCACAAAUGAUUGGGAGGAUCACCUUGCUGUUAAGCAUUUUUCAGUUGAAGGGCAGCUGGAGUUUCGUGCCCUGCUCUUUGUACCUCGCAGAGCUCCUUUUGAUCUUUUUGAGAAUAAGAAAAAGAAGAACAACAUUAAGCUCUAUGUUCGCAGAGUCUUCAUCAUGGACAACUGUGAUGAACUCAUUCCAGAGUAUCUCAACUUUAUCAAGGGUGUAGUAGACUCUGAGGACUUGCCUCUAAACAUCUCCAGAGAAAUGCUGCAACAGAGUAAGAUCCUUAAAGUCAUUCGAAAGAACCUCGUAAAGAAGUGCCUUGAGCUCUUCACUGAACUUUCUGAAGACAAGGACAACUACAAGAAGUAUUAUGAACAGUUCUCCAAGAAUAUCAAGCUUGGUAUUCAUGAGGACUCUCAGAAUAGAAAGAAACUGUCUGAGCUGCUGCGCUACUACACCUCGGCCUCAGGGGAUGAGAUGGUGUCCCUUAAAGAUUACGUCACCCGCAUGAAGGACACCCAAAAGCAUAUCUACUACAUUACUGGUGAGACCAAAGAACAGGUGGCCAACUCUGCUUUUGUGGAACGCUUGCGCAAAGCUGGCCUUGAGGUGAUCUACAUGAUUGAACCCAUAGAUGAAUACUGUGUUCAGCAGCUAAAGGAAUUUGAGGGCAAAAACCUGGUGUCAGUUACCAAGGAAGGGCUGGAACUGCCUGAGGAUGAGGAGGAAAAGAAAAAGCAGGAGGAGAAGAAGGCACAGUUUGAGAAUCUGUGCAAAAUUAUGAAGGACAUCCUUGAAAAGAAGGUGGAGAAGGUUACUGUCUCCAACCGUCUGGUUGCUUCCCCUUGCUGUAUUGUGACUAGUACAUAUGGUUGGACGGCCAACAUGGAGAGGAUCAUGAAAGCCCAGGCGCUGAGAGACAACUCCACCAUGGGCUACAUGGCUGCCAAAAAGCAUCUAGAGAUCAACCCAGAUCACCCAAUCAUUGAAACCUUGCGGCAAAAAGCAGAGGCUGACAAGAAUGACAAGUCUGUAAAGGAUCUGGUCAUCUUGCUAUUCGAGACUGCACUGCUCUCAUCAGGGUUCACUCUUGAUGAUCCUCAAACACAUUCAAACCGCAUCUAUAGGAUGAUCAAGCUGGGCUUGGGAAUUGAUGAGGAUGACCUGUCAACCGAAGAGCCCAGCUCUGCUCCGAUUGAGGAAAUGCCCCCCUUGGAAGGGGACGAUGACACAUCUCGCAUGGAGGAAGUUGAUUAAAACUGCUUUCAGUUCAUAGUUCUGUAUAAAUUGUACAGGUUUAAACGGGUGGGCUUGAGAUUGCACCACGGCGGCUGCAGUUGUAUAGUUUGUGACAGUUAAUAGAAAUGUGACUGCAUGAGUUCCCAUGUGUUAAAAGAUGCAUGUAUUCAUCAGUAAGACUGUAUCUAAAAAUAAGGGCAUAGUUGUCCAGACACUGAUUGUCUAAAUGUAAUAAUUGCAAACUCUUAGACUCAACCUGUGCCUGAAAAUGUAGAUCAGUGUAUAAAGAAUAAGUGAAUGAUGGUCACAUGGAACACUCAAGUACUUGAAAUAGUUAUGUUGGAGACUGCUACUUGGUUGUGCAGCUGUACCUGGCCAGGUGCCUGGGUGCUGAUUAAGCCCACUUUGGAUCGAUUCUGAUUUUUUUUUCCUGAUGUUCUUGCCCUCUUCCUGACUGUUCUGUUAUCAGGAUUGUUGAUUAUAGGUGCGCCUGUUCUGUUUUCUUUCCCUGUUUGCUUUUAUUUGUAAUAGGUUGUAUGCAUUUUUAUAUUUAUUUUCAUUCCACAGUUU